AGCUGUUUCUCCUGAAAAACAAUAACAAACGAACAUUAAGUAAAGGUUACGACACGAUACAGAUCGUGCCAGUUGCUCAAGCUCAUCUCACAACUCAAAAACAGCUCCAUACUGGAAUGAUGAUGACGAUGACAAUGAGGAACGGAUACGCAGAUGCCACCACCCCAAAGAGAGCUGGCGUUUUUUCUGCCAUCUCUUCUUGUUCAAGGUUGAAGGCAGCCGGGUGGUGGCACUUCCAACUCCAGGUGUGGAUCGACCACCUGCCCGCUGGCUGUCGUCUCCCGCGCGUCACGCUCGCCGCGCCGCGUCCCGGACGAGGAGACGGAAUUUGCAUUCGGCCGCCUCUGACGCGUGGCGAGCUCGCUCUUAUCUGGACACGGCGUGCCGCCAUCAGAGGCGGCUGGUGUCUCGUGACCACAGUCGUAGCCUGUCGAGAUCGGCCACUGGAACAACGUCAACGGAUUUCCACCAGUCGAUAACAA